AUGCCACUCGGAAUAACCGCCUUCGACUUAUCUCCAGCAGAGAAACACGCCGUGAUCGGACAAAUACGAUCUCUGGUCCUAGGCGCAGGAGCCCUAAUCGCACGAGCCAAGAAACAUCGCAACCCUUCACCCCACGAUUUCAUCGAGGCAUUGGACCUCGUAAACCGGGCCCUAGUCCUCGCCACAGACGAAGACGCAUGUGAUCCCUCCCUCGCUCCCCUGGCGACGUGUUUCUUAUAUAAAGGACAUAUCCAUCUCGCGCUGGGCAAUUUCCAAGAAGCCCAUGCGGCGUACACGGAAGCUGCUUCUUCAUCGGAGAGGAGGCGGUUCACGGAUACUGAGACCUCGAGAGAUGAAGCUAGACGCUUACUGAAUAAUUGGGACGAUACGAUGAAGAGCGCACAAAGGGAUAGCGGAUAUGAGAGUGAGGCCGGGGGCCCUGGCGAGAGAUUCGUGCAUACUGCGGGCCAUGGGAUCGUGUUGUCUGGGACGAUACGCCCGGGGCCGGGAAAGCGUCCUGUUUUUAAGACGGUUCCGAAAGAUCAUGAUAAGUAA